CGUCAAUCGAACACGCACUCAGCGCCGCGCUUUGGUCGUCAAAUACUAAAUUAUUGUAGUCACGGAUAGAGUAAUCGUCCGCGCGCCGCGUCGUUACCGAGGAAAGUCCGUUGUUAAUUAGUAGAGACCCGUGUCGCGAGUGAUAGUUGCCGACAAACAGAUCCUUGCAACAGCACAGCCCUGGGACCACAACAGAUAGCUGGUACAACCAAACUGUAAGACCGACAAGCGGAGAUGGAGACGAAUAAGAAACAACGCAGGCUAUCCACCUUGUUGACACUAGUAACAUCCAGUUUCCUAGUCCCAUAUGGGCUUAUACUACAACCAAUUAGGAAAGAUAGGAUUAUCGAAUUCCCAAUACACCCUAUUAACCCACAUUAAUAUCACUAUACCGGAUCAAAAGUAUGACCUACUAUUCAAGCUUUAUACAAAAUCUUUAACCACGUGUACACACAUUUCUAACAAAUUAGCACUUAACGGCAACGCAAAUUUUUGUCAAAGCUCCUUCAAAACCAUACACUCGCACAUCGUGGCAAUCAAAAAUAAAAUCGAUACCGUAAAAUUCAUGAUAAAUAACCAAUCGAAUGUAGGAAGCAAAAUAGUAAAAAGAGGAUUAUUCGAUAUCGCAUCUGAUGCAUUGCACUGGUUAUUCAACUCGCCAAAUGCCGAAGACGCCAGAUUUUACAAAGAAGCUAUAGAGUCAAUUGUUCUAGGAAACAGAAACGUCCACUUAUUAAUGAAACAACAAAUUGCGAUCAUAACCAACACCAUUCAAAAUUUUAAUUCUUCCACCCAAAGCUUCAAAGCCGACGAAGAUAAACUUAACGAAAAUAUGAAUUUACUUACUCGUUUCUCAAACUCAACGACAAAUUUCUUAAACAAUAUUCUUACAUGACAUCUUAUUUUAGAACAAAUAUUUUCGCUAACGCAGAUGUACUCAAAACUAGAUGAAUACUGCAAUUUGAUUACCUCUUCCAUUUCACUAGCAAGGCAAAAUAUACUACAUCCACAAAUAAUAUCUCCUCAACAUCUUUUUGAUGUAUUGAGUAACAUUGUUCUCCAGAACGGAUUGAAAUGGCCCAUUCCACUAACAUAUUCUAAUAUGUACAAAUACGACAGAUUAUAUAAAUUAAGCGUAGCCUACAUCAAUAAUGUAUUAGUGUUCAUUAUCAAAAUCCCGUUAGUCAAAGAAAUUCAAUUCGAAUUUUUCGAAAUGUUACCACUACCUGUUCUUCAUAACAUUCCGAACACCUACCUUUAUAUCCAACCUAGUUUUCCCUACAAGCUAUUAAGUACAAAUAAGGUAUAUUAUGCAAUGCUUCAAAAUCUCGAAAUAUGUUUGACAGCCGAUACCAACGAGCGCAUCUGUGCUAUCAACCACAUAAUCCGGACAACUGGUCAACCGAUAUGUGAGACAAAAUUACUCACAUCUAACACAAGAGGAAUACCUCCAUCAUGCCGAACACAUACAAUCAAAGGCAACUUUGAGAGAUGGUACUACAUCCAAAAUAACAAAUGGAUUUUCACCGCUUCACACCCACUACAUUUGACGCUCACAUGCUCCUCGAUGCACAUUGAGGCCGUCGAAUUAAAAUCAUCAGGAAUUAUCCGCCUCGAACCCCAAUGCAAGGGUUAUACGGAAACAAUCGCCCUAGAACCAUCAUUUGGUAUCACUGCAAAUCACAGCCACAGCCUAAUAAUACAUAAAACUACCGAAGAAGAUUGCUGCCCAAAGUAUGACGAGAAUCCCACAAUCACUCCGAUACGAUUAGCGCCAGUCAAAAUCACAGAUGUUAAUGUCGAAGAACAUAAACACUCCAAUCAUAAACUUAUUCAAUUGGAUAACCUGCUGGAAGGAGAAUUAAAUAAACCAGUUAUCGUUCAACAUAAUCGCUGGUCCAUCAUCGCAUUGAGCGUAAUAAUAUCCAUUCUCGCAUUAAUACUUGGAAUACAUCUUUUACGUCGAUGUGGCGUGCUACAUUCAACAGCCAAGUGUCUGUGCCCCACAAGGAACCUGAAGUCAAUGGAUGAUACCUGCUGCUUCAAAAUCAUUAAUACAAACGUCAACGCCGAUCCCGUAACGAGGGGACAAUUGUCAAAACUUCUGAAAGAAAACGGGCCCAGGUCGACGGAAAGAUCACUCGACUUACUACCAGACUACUCUACCGAUGGAUGGCACCGAAACGACUCUUCAACCAGACUUAUCGGACGACACGGAUCAAGAAGAUCAACAUCCCGUGCACCUUCCAUAAUCAUGGACUGAGCCAAUUACCCCCCCCCCCCCCAAAGGAAGAGAAAAUUGUAACCCCAUAGCUCACCCACAUCUACUAUUUGUUCAAUAAUAACAUAGUAUAAGCGUAGUUAUAAGCUUAUAUUUAAUAAUUAAUAUUACUUUCAAUUUAUUUUUAUUUUUUUUAUUUUCUUUUCUCUCUUUCUUUUCUUUAUUUUUCUCUAGAUUUAAUGAUAUUUACUCUUUAGAUUAAUCGAUUCUUUAGACAUAAGUAAAUAUUCUUAGACGUCUCAUUCACACUUUUGAUUACUACCUUAUUAAUGUAUUUCUUAUAAUGUUUUUCUCAAAUUUAGCUAAUAUCUUACAAACCAUUUAUAUAUAUUUAUAAUAUUCAAGUAUUGUAGAAUUUAAUUAAUUUACGUUUUGGAAAACCGUAAAUUAAUCUAAAGAUGGGAGGUGUCAGAUACUCCAAGUCACAUCGCCCCUCCCAUAAAUUACCUCCAUCUGUUUAUGGUCCAAACCUUUUCCCAAACACUUCCUGUCCCCAACUUUCUCUUUAUCCAUUUUCACCAUCCUCUCCGUCUCUAUGUAAACCUUGGCACCCCUCCUCCACUGCACAGUUUAGCUACGAUAAUUUUCCUUGGCCCUGGGACCCUCGGUCUCCAGCAAACUUGUCGGCAGUCAGAUUUCGACCUUACUUGAAGGCACAUCAGGAAAUAAAGAAAUCAUUUCUGACAAAAUUUCGUAUUGUAAUUGUCUCUCUCUGGGAUCACGACAAUUAAUACUGACAGUAACGUUGUUUCGAAAUAAGUUUUCUCAUUGCCCACAUGAAUUCUAACGUACUUGGAUUGUCAUUCCACCCUCCGCGAAGUCUAAAAUGCACAAAAAAAAUAACUCUAAGUGGUCCUGCAAACAUUUAUAUGUUAAAAAAUAUUUUAAACCGUCUGGUUCUCUUAACAAUGAAAUACUUAAUCCUAAUGUGUUAAAUGUAUUAGCAAUAAAGCCAAGUGCAAACGUUUUU